UGCUUCGGAGUUUGUACGUGUUUUGGAGUUUGUACGUGCUUCAGGGUUCGUACGUGCCUCAGAGUUCGUACGUGUUUUGGAGUCUUUACGUACUAUGGAGUUUUUAUGUGUUUUGGAGUUUUUACGUGUUUUGGAGUUUGUACGUGCUAUGGAGUUUUUUCUUGCAUCAAUAUCAUCGAGUUGUUUUGCUCUCUUCGUAUAGUCAUCAAUGAAUUGAACUUCAUCAAGACUUGUGAUGAUGAUGAGACUGCCAGCCUCAUCUGGAAUGACUCAGCUGUGCAGCAUGAGAAAAUUGCUGAGCUCAGGAAUUAUCAGAGAAUUAACCAUUUCCCUGGGAUGGGCGAAAUCUGCCGAAAAGACUGCCUUGCAAGAAACAUGGCCAAAAUGAUCAAGUGCCAGCCUCAAGACUAUAACUUUAUACCCAAAACCUGGAUCUUCCCUGCUGAGUACACUCAGUUCCAGAAAUAUGUCAAAGAGCUACGCAGGAAACGCAAGCAAAAGACCUUUAUAGUUUAGUUUUACUCUUCCACUGUGACGUCGUUAUGUUCAUGUGUGUCAGCUGUCCCCCGUGUGUUCCCACUUCUCUCAUUAGCCUCCUGUGUGUAUUUAGUCUGUGCAUUCUCAUUCAGUCUUUGUCGGAUCAUCUGUGUUGUUUCCAUGCCAAGUCCUGCGUUCAGGUUUUCAUAUGUAUAUCCUCAUCAUCAUUGCCAUGUUUAGAGUUUGUUUGUUUUUCUGUUUGCCAGGGUUUUCAUAGUUCGUGCUACCUUUCUAGUUUACCCAGUUUAGGUUAUUGCUUAGUUUGCAUUGUUUUUGCCCUUUUAUUUUGUACUGUUCAGUCUGCCUUAAUAAACAGCUCAUCAGUUAAGUUUGAGUUUUAGAAUGUCUGCACCUGGGUCCACUCUUCACACUCCACGCAGUUUGCCUCGGCAAACUGUGACACAGUGAUCUAUUAACUUGGUCGUCUGUGGUGGACAAAACACAUGUAAAAGCAUCCUGUAAUGUU